AUGGUGGAGAGCCGGAGCUGUGUCCAGAGGGAGGGGGUGUACCGCUGGUUCUCCUCCCUCAGCUCAGCCCAGAGGGCUGAGUUCCUGUGCGGGCUGCUGGACCUCUGCGUCCCCAUCGAGCUCCGCUUCCUCGGCUCCUGCCUGGAGGACUUGGCCCGCAAGGACUACCACUCCCUCCGGGAUGCGGAGAUCAAAGCCAACAACCCCGCUGACCUGUCGGGCCUCACCAACAUCACCGACGAGGUGGUGCGCAGCAAGCUGCUGGUGUCCCUCGCCUUGCUCGGCUCAGACAACCGGGAGGCGGCGGGGGUCCUGUACCGGACACUGACUCACACAGACACGGUGAUCAAUAACUAUGGACUGGCGCUGAACGACGGGAGAACAGAGGAGCAGUUUCUGUUGCUGUUCACCAUGGCCUCUAACCACCCGGCCUUCAGCUUCCACCAGAAGCAGGUGCUGAGGCAGCAGCUCAGCCAGAUCCAGGACAUCCUGCAGGUGAGCAGCGGAGGAGCUGGAGAGGCUCAAGCGGUAGGGCCUGGCGGGGAUCGAGCUGCUGUUUGUUACACUCAGCCACAUCACCACUUUCACCCUCAGACCGUGUCCCUGCCUCUGGCCUCGCUGUCCCCCGCUGCCUGCUCGCUGCCUGAUGCCAGCGCUGCCUACCUGCCCCUGUCUGCCUGCCAACCCUGCCACGCGCACUGCACCUGCUGGCACAGGAGCCAGACCAGAGAGGCCGGCACAGCCUCGGGGCUGGGCUCAGGGGUCACCAAGGGACGAGGAGACCAAGCGCCCCUUUCUGUACCUGCUGGACAAGGCCUGGAUGCAGCAGCAGCAGCAGCACCACCCACAAAGACCCACCAGGGGAAAGCAGGAAAAGUGGUGAUUGAGAGGGUGGCGCUGAGAGGAGUGACACACAAGUCCGAAGACACCAGUGAAUAUGUGUUCGAGGUGAGCUGGUCAGAUGGUUUUGUGUUGAACGUUGUCCGAACUCAGCAGGAGGUGACGGAGCUGCUGUCCCAGCUGUCACAAGCAUUUCCUGAUGAAGGAGUGGAGAAGUUCCUCCCUCAGUCCGUAGAUCUGGACCCCAGGAGUCUGACAGCGCUGCCCUGCCAUGUUCUCCAGCACCACAGCGUCCAGCUGUUCUUCACCUCCACCAGACCUCUCUCACCCAAUUGUCCUUCCUCCCUCACUUCCUCCUUACCUCCCUUACCCUCCUCCCCUCCCACAGCUCCCGUGGCCCCGACCUGCCCGUUCACCUCCUCCAGCUCUAAUCUUGGCUGUAUGCUUCAGUACCGAGGAGCCAACAGGGCAGUGUACAGAGUGGCCAGCGUCCAGCCCGUCGUCAGCACCCACAGCUCCGGCUCCAUGGCCGUCGGAGGUGAUGUCUCCUCCCAGCACGGUCAGUCGCACGCGUACCCCCAGCCCCAGCAGCACUCCCAACACCACCUUCACCUGCAACCCAGCAGUCAGUCCGGUGCACAGUCACAGUCCCUCCACCUGUCCCAUUCCCAGCCAACGUCCCACUCACACUCCCAGUCCCUUUCGUACUCCCAGUCCCGUUCCCAGACCCACACCCAACCUCCGUCUCAGUCUCAGCCCAACAAUCCGGAGCAGAACGGCAUCCUGGACUGGCUCCGCAAGCUUCGGCUCCAUAAGUACUACCCCGUCUUCAAACAGCUGACCAUGGAGGAGUUUUUAGCGCUGACAGAGGAAGAUCUGAACAAGUACGACUUGACCCAAGGAGCAAAGAAGAAACUCAAGACCCAGCUAGAGCUACAAAAGGAGAUGAAGAUGGAGAAGCGGUCCUGCAGCGGCAUCGCCAGGGUGACGCCUUCCAGUCACAUGGGACCCUCAGCACACUCAACCGCCACUGCAGGUAACGAACUGCGAGUGGAGGUGGAUGCCGUGCCGCACCAUCACCCCGUCUCCACAGACAGCAGCUCAUCCUCGGGAUACUCCAGCUCCUCCUGCUCCCCUCGGACGCCACUGUGCUGUGACUCCGCCUUUGACAGGAGCAGAGACAUUCACAGGCGUCCAGAUGCUGCAGGAGGGGGUCCAGAGAAGGACCGGUCCUGCCUCUUCAUCCUGAACUCCAGCUGCCCCGCAGGCUCCAGUCGCCCCACAGCCCAGGUCCUACCCGUCCAAACUGAUCCAGCUCCCCCUCUCCCUCCCUCCUGCUCCUCCCACCUCCCCUUCGGUCUCCCGCAAUCUCCCUUCCACCCGCAGGCCAGCUACCCCCAGACCCUGCUCUCCCCGGUCUCUAACCCGGCACGUAUCCUGACCUCCCCACGCAAGCCCCGACCGCCUCCGCUGUGCACGGAGGACAGGACUAAGCCUCUGGGCUCGGGGCUGCCUGCGGCCGCUGCGGGUUUCAGCCCGGGGCUCGGGGUGGGGGUGGGGAUGGGGAUGAGGCUGGAGAACCUGUUCCCUGGGCUGAACAUGGACGGCUCCUCUGCGCUCCAGGACUCGGUGGUUUGUCGUGGCCUGGCAGGAGGCGCUGUGGGUCUGAUGGUGGAAACCAGCUCGGCUCUGACCUCCACCUCCAACAGCCUCCACCAUGUCUCCCACCCCCCUCUCCACUUCCACCUCUCCUCCUCUUCAUCCCCCUCUCCGUCGGGAUACUACACUCAUCCUCCUACCUCCUCUACCUCCUCCUCCUUCUCGUCUUUCUCCUCGUCCUGUCCCUCCACCAAGUCCGGCUCACAGUCCGGGAGCUCUGGAGGUGGAGGGGGCUUUGUUUCCAUGGCAACCGCCAGCAGUGUUCCUGUGGCUGCAGUACCCGGCAACACUUACUACCCUCCCCAGCCCACCUCCAGCCCCUCCCCUUCCCCGUCCUCUGUCUCCUCAUUGGAUCAAAGUUCAGGUCACACCACCUCCGUGUGUGUUUGCAGCUCCUGCGGUUGUCGGGGGAACUGCGGCACCUAUGGGGCGUUGCCUGGAUAUGCUGCGGCUGGUUACCUGCAGCCGUUCUCAGCCGGCCCCUCCCUCUUCACUCUGGGUCCUCUGCUCCAUCUCAGCCCCCUGUUAGCCUCAUCCAGCGGCGCUGGCAGCGGAACCACGCCCUUCUCCUACCCAAUGAUGAUGCCUCCACCCCUCUACCGCCACAGCCCUGUGUCACAUGACCAGCAGCAGGGCUUUGGCUUCUACCAGCCCCAUGGCAGCAUGGGAAAUGGAGGCCAGAAACGGGUAGCGGGGAGUAUGUCAUGUUAUAACUGUGGUGCCAAUGGACACAGAGCAGAGGACUGCAAACAGCCGCCCAUGGAUUCAGCACAGCAAGGGACGUUUCGGCUGAAGUACACUCCUCACUCUGACAGUAAGGACUCAGGGGACUAACCAGCAGAAACACCAUUGGAUUUGAAUACUCCUGACACAACUGUAACCUCAUGUUCCUGCUGAAGCCGGCAGGCAGCGGCCUCGCAGCUGAAAAAGGGACGCGCAUGCAGGAAGCCUCCGUCUGUGUGCAACAAGGCAGCAUGAGUCUGUUCAAAGACUCCUUUUACCCUCUGUGAGAGACGAGGAUGGAGAAGAGACAGAGAGGAAUGGUUGACAUGGUCUGUGUCGUCAUAUCAUCUUUCA